GUCACUCACGGAACACCUGACUUCACUCAGUUACCUUCAAGUUUUCCGAGAAAUAAUUUUAGAAGUCAUUUCCUGUGCAUUUCAGAUACAGCGUACUUUUCACUCGAUUUUCUCCCUUUUAAAGUUACUUUUUAUUUUGUAUUUGUAUAUUUCAAAGUGACACAGAAUAUUCAAAUCUGGAGGAAAGGAAUUCUGCGGAUUUCAACGACAAACUUUCAACAUUUCCUAUUUCCCUGCAGGAAUCGUCUGAGAAGGAUUCAACAUGCAGACGGGAACUUGGGCUCGGUGUUCCAAAGCCUCGGCAGACGAGAGGAAGACGGUUAAUUCGCUAAUGUACUGUCCUGAGCAAAUUGUUAUACCUGACUCGUUUCCAAACAUCCUUAAGAAUUAUGCCAAGGCCGCAAUCCGAACUCAACCGUACGACCUUCUUCGUUGGUCCGUGGCGUAUUUCCGUUGUUUGGCACAAAAUGAACCACCUCCGGCUAAAUGCCGUUUGGAGAAAGACACUAAAUGCGGCACCCUUACGAAAGGAUAUUUGCAAGCCCUUUUAAAUCAGGUCGGAAAAGGCUUCUUCCUUAGCCGUGAAGUUUUACAGAAAAAAUGGGAAGGUCUAUGUCUGCCAGAGGAGGAGCUCUUAAAGUAUUUAUCAUUGUGUCGCAUGAUAAAUUGGGAACAGGUUCAUUGGCUGAAGGUGUUUGCUGUUAUGGUGGGGUCGUUAAAUGAGUCCCCGGAAAACAGUAUGGUAAUGUUAUGUGAGAUGUUGUCGGACGACGUGGAAGGUGGAGCCGCCCGCAUUCCCAUGUGGAUGUUUAGGACUGUUUACACCUACAUUGCCGAGCUGGAUUGCUCCGAGGAGCAGGUAUUCGUGGAUGGCUGCUUGAAGCUCGGCGAGGGUGAUUUCGAGCCUGAAACGGUUAUGGAUCAUGUCCCGAAGGUGUUUUCCACGACUUCACUGAAACAAAGAAUUAUGAAUGAGUGUGUGCAGCGAUAUAAUGAGGAGUAUGAGCGUGAAGGACCACGGAGACUACGAAAAUCAGGCUCUGACUCCGAUUCCGUCUCUCUUGAAACUAAGAAAAUUUCCGCAACUGACACUUCCUCCGUCGAUUCAGGCUUCCAGUUUGCUGGAAAGCCCGGGGACACGAAGCAAAUCAUUCAAAAAUGCGGCGAUUUCGACAGUUUAAUUCUGCUAUUGAGAGAGGCACAAGGAGCGAAAUUGCACGAGUAUGAAGGAUCAUACCACGUCACCCAGGCGAACAUCGAACACGCAAAACGACGGGAAGCCAAGAUUGACGAGGAUAGAGAAUUGCGAGCUAUGCGCCAGGAGGAGAAUACCAGGAAAUAUCUUCACCUGGAAAACGUGAAUAUGCUUCGUGAAAUGGGGCCACCGUGGACUUGGAUUCAUCAAUUCAUUAACAAUAACUGCGUGGACAUGUCUUACAAUUUCAUAGAAGAAGGAUCUAUUGCUUCAGAUGUCACUCCUCCUGACUCCUCCGAUGAAAGUUUCGACUUCGUGCGGGAGAGACCAGUCUCCACCAAUGAUUCAGAAUCUGAGACCCACCUUUUCUCUACCUCCACAGAUAAUGUUGAAGAUCUAGUCAAAGAUGAGAAGGCUACCAUUCAGGCCACCUCUGACAAGAAACCUGACAACCCUAUUGUCACUUCUGUUUUGCAGAACACAUUGAUGAAACCAUUGUCUGAGCCAGCUGUCGAUUUAAGUGAUGCCAGUAGUAUUGUUAGUUACAUCAACAAAGACGAGGUAGGAGUCCUGCUGAGAGGAGGUGAGAGGGCCGUACCUAAUUUUAACAUUGAAAUCCUCGACCAAAUAUUACGCGACGCUAUGUUGAAUGGAAAAGUAUUCGAGAGCAUCGACGAAGUCAUGGAAUUUGUGAAGGACAAGUAUGAUGAGUUCACUAAAGAUAGGCAAACCGAAUACUUCGUUAAAAGUGGAUUCUAUCAAACAUUACAAGCUGCAGACAAAAUAAACGCAGAAGAGGUCCGCAGCGAGGAGAUGACUGAGGCGGGAACAGUUGAUUCGACAGAUUCUGUCACUGAGAAUCCUGAUAUCGAAAGCAAACUGGAAAUAGAAGUACUGACAGCUCGGUCCACCUUCGCAGGAACACUAUCAAGAGGGAAUGAAGAAACCAGCACGGAGAAAGUUGGAGAAAAGUCAGGAACAAAGGAAGAAAGUGACGAGGAAGCACCGACUGCAGAGACUGAGGAAGAGAGCGUAAAGUCAACUGACACUGGAGCGGAGACUAAGCCAUCCGACACUAAAGUAGAAGCACACGGAACAUUGGAAAAUAUUGCCGAAAUUACCCAAGUUGAUUCGGAACCAAUAAAUGUAUACGGACCUGAUAUGGACAAUGUUUUUGAGACUUGUGGAAUGGAGGUUGAUCUAAAACUUCUGGGAACAAGAAGGUCACAAACAAAGAUUUUGGGACUUGUUGAAAAGGAGUCGUCGGAAACUAUGACUGAGGAGGCAACAGUUUCAUCUACACUUGAUUUAACUGAAAAUCCUUCAAGCAGAGGCGGGUAUACCUCUGAUAUAUCAGGAAACGAUGCGGUAACUACAGCAACAAGUGCAGUGGAGGAAACUAAUAGAUCAACAUUUCUAUGUGGGAUGAAUGCCGCCAUGAAACGGGAGGCCGAAAAAAAGACCAGAUAUGAGUGUACGGUUCCGCCGUUGAAAGGAAUUGGGAAAUCUACAUCGAAGAAAACGAUACAGGAUUUGCUUACCUAUUUAAAAUUCCGAUCAAGGAAUCAGAAAGGAAUGGUCUGCCCUCGAAACUUUCACGAAGAUAAAUGCCCGAGAAUGUUCGAUUGAGAGGUUGUGCAUGAGCCAAGGAAGCGGGAAGGACUAGCACAAGGAUAUUUCUAAUUAAGUUGUCUUACAAGAAUUUCUUUGGAGGAUAAUAUUGGCUGUGGGCUGAAGGUUGAGCGGAAAAUUGACGAGCGCAGGAGUAGGCGGAAGGAGAGGGAGCAAGGAACUUGCGUUUUGCGUAUAAAUCUAAAAUUAAUUUUUGAAUUAAAAAAGUUUUUAUUGUGGGUUAGAGUUCUUUUGCGCAUACCGGAAAGGAGGAAGGUUUUCAGCGAGAUGCUAAAAAUUGGAUACGAUUUUAAAGUGCGGUGAAAUUAUGGAACUAUUAGAAUUUCCGGCAGUUAUCCCUCCAGCGUUAUAUUAAUAUCUAAUAAACUUUGCAGCAAAUAAAAUGAAAUUAUCUUUUUCUGAGUGUU